GUUGUCCCAGACGGUCAGUCCUUCGAAUCACAACGAUCACUGUUUGGUGACACCCUGUCAUAUUGUGGCAUGUUCUGGUUCCGUUUUUGGCAGUUUGGUGAAUGGGUUGAUGUUGUCGUGGACGAUCGGCUUCCCACUCGUGAUCGUAACUUGGUGUUCAUGCACUCCACCGACCGGCGCGAAUUCUGGUCUGCUCUGUUGGAGAAGGCCUUUGCCAAAAUUGUCGGCUCAUAUGAGGCCAUGCGAGGCGGCUGCACCGCCGAGGCGAUGGAGGACUUUACCGGUGGCCUCACGGAAGUCGUGGAUUUGGGUCAAAAGGCUCCAUCAAAUCUGUUCUCCACCAUGUUAAAAUCACACACACGUUCCUCUCUCAUGGCGUGCUCCCUCGACAGUCCGGACGGUGUCAUGGAAGCGGAUGGUCCGAUGGGCCUGAUCACAGGCCACGCAUACUCCAUCACGGAUGUCCGAACGGUGAACACUUCCAGUGGGCCUGUGGAACUUGUUCGCCUGCGCAAUCCGUGGGGCAAUGAGCGAGAGUGGCAAGGUGCCUGGGGCGAUCAAUCUAGAGAGUGGAAAAGUAUUUCGAGUGCCGAGAGAAAACGGAUUGGUUUGACAUUUGACAACGAUGGAGAAUUCUGGAUGAGUUUCAACGACUUCAAGCACUACUUCACCAGGCUUGAGUUUUGUCAUCUUGGUCCCGAGUCAGCUGCAUUUGGGCGGUCCUUGAUACUCGAUACGCCGUCUCGUCGAUGGGAGAUGACUCGAGAGUGUGGCGAAUGGGUCAAGUUCUCCACUGCUGGUGGGUGCAGGAACAAUUUAGACACCUUCCAUAUGAAUCCUCAGUUUCGCGUCCAAGUGAUCGAUCCAGAUGAAACAGAUCAAGACAACACGGGCACCAUUAUUGUCGGUUUGAUGCAAAUGGGGCGGCGCGAAACCCAGCAAUCACCGCACACCAUCGGAUACGCGAUCUAUGCGCUCUCCGGAAGAUCCGAUCGAGAUGGCCCGCUUGGGAAGGCUUUCUUCAUCGCCAACACCUCAGUGGCUCGUUCUCCAUCGUUUACCAACAUGCGGGAGGUCGUCGGACGGCAUAAACUGCCCCCUGGGGAAUAUGUCAUUGUUCCGUCUACCUUCCAGCCCAAUGAAGAAGCUAAAUUUAUCCUGCGAAUCUUCUCCGAAUGCGCAUGCCAAUCCAAUGAAAUCGAUGACUCCACAAGCAUUCAGGAUGCCUACAAGGCCAGCGUUGCACAUCCGGAUGAGUCUUCACUGGAGGAGAAACUCAGAGAGGCCUUCAACGAUGUGUCAGGCCCAUCCGGAGGCAUUUCCCACCGAGAGUUGGCGGAUAUCCUCAACGCCGCCUUCACCCGGGAUAUAAAAUUCGACGGCUUCAGCCGCGAGACAUGUCGCAGCAUGGUCGCUCUGAUGGACACUGAUUUGACUGGCGAGUUGGACUUUCCUGAAUUCAAAAAGUUGUGGAUGGACCUCCGCGUUUGGAAGAGCAUUUUCAAAAAAUUCGAUUACAACCAAUCUGGUUCGCUCAAGGCGUUCGAGCUUCGAGAUGUUCUGAAAACCAUUGGUUACACUGUCAGUAAUCGUGUCCGCCAAGCCAUCGUUUGUCGAUAUGCGAAUCGAAACGGUGAUAUUGUCUUCGACGAUUACAUUCUUCUUUUGGUUCGCUUGGUCACCGCAGUGGACACUUUCAAAGCACAGGAACGCCUCAGAGAUGGCAGAGCAGCGUUCGAUUUUGAAGAAUUCACUCGCUCUGUGAUUUACAUGUAAUUCUGCCAACUGGUGGCUCCCUGCAGCAGCACCAUCAGAGACGACGCAUGGCACUCAAGAGCUUAGCGCAUCACUUUUUUGCCACGUCUUCCAUCCCCACCCUUCACCCCAAGUUUUUGUGCUCAUCUGCGGCUGGUUUCCAGUUUCUGUACAAUGCACUCGACUGCAGUGGCUUCUCUCACUCCCGUUUAGAAUGACCAUCACCCUACUGCAUAGCUAAUUUUCCUAUUUAUUCACUUAGGCUAAUCGAUUUUUAUGCUUUCUUCUAGCCUACGACGACGCUUACCUGACCAAGAUGUUUUCUUUCCACUGUUAACCCGUAUUUUUUUAAUUUUUAUGUCAGAGAAUACUUUUGCUCACAUACAUUCACUCUGCUUUUUUACUUGAUGACUGCCAUUUGCCUUUCGCUCGUCUUCGCCAUCUUAUCCCCGGCAUAUGCUUGGCUUCCAAUCGGAUCAGUUAUCGAUGAACCAGCGUGGCCAAAAACAGCCCUAUACACUCCACAAUCGGUUGCAGAAAUCUUGCGCCUGACACCUCCAUACAUUAGUCGUUUCUUCCCAAUGGUUUACAGUCCUGGAAUAAUGCACGCGCUCGCCUCGAUACACAAUAGCGCCGGAGCGAGCGUCGCGCACAUCCUAUGUCUUUUAGUGUGUUUGAGCUGGACACCCUAACUCAUGGGGUUAUUGGCUCUUUAUAGACAUUUCGCCACAAUGGGCUACACAAUGGCAGAUACGCAGCGCAAACGAAUAGUUUCAUUUUGGUCGUACGAAUAAUCGUGGCACUUCCGACGUGUUUUGGUCAUUGACAACUUUUUAUCGGGAGACGAACAUCUUCGCUGUGAAAGUACGAACUUUCAUAUCGAAAUUCAUUUGAACUUUUAUCCUUCAGGUUUUCGUAUUAUUAUUGUUAUCCCUCUAUGGACACCCGGGAAUAAUUGUUAGCAUAUUAGGCGGUCAGUCACCAAUGCACUAACAAGCGAUCAAAUCAAAUUCUGCUGUUUUUAA